CUGAGAUGUCGAAAUUCACAUGGAGGAUUCAAAAUUUCUCCCAAUUGGAUGCUGAAAAGCUUUACUCUCUCACCUUUCUCGUCAAUGAGAACAAAUGGUUAUGGAGCUCAGUAAGUUUCAUGAUAAAAGUGAAGGUUAUCUUGUAGAAGACACAUGUUUGAUUGAAGCUGAAAUUGAUGUUUCUCCAACUCCCACAGAUAAAGAUUCAGAUUCUUGUGUCACUAUGGAUCCAGUGAAACUUGGGUACAUCGAGGCUCAAUCAUUUCUCGAGUCAUUGCCCAAGACACCAUCCAGCUCGGCAUAUAUGUCUCCAACGUGUGAUAGGCCUUUGUUUAAAGGACAUGUGACUUUUGCGGAAGGAAUUCUCGGCAAACUAAUAUCAUACCAUUUGGAUGAUUUCGCUGAUCCCAACAAUGAGGCGGCAGUGAUGGAUUUCAUUUCUGUACUAGCCAACAACAUAUCUGUGUUCAGUGAUGUGCAGGCCAAAGAAAUUGCGAACUUGAAAGCCACUUUUCCUCAAAUAGUGCAAGAAUGGAGAGACUUAGUUCAAGUCAAGGGCACUGGUGAGCAUGUCCGGUCUACUUUCGUGGAGACCAAAAGUGUUCUUCAAGAUUUAGUGAAAAGAGAAGAGGGAAUAAAGACUGAAGUGGAGGAGCUAAACAACAAAGAAACUGAAUUGAAAGCAGAGUUGAAGGUCUUCGAAAGAAAGAGUCAGAUGCUCAAAGAGGAAAGAGAGCAUGUGUCAAAGCAGAUGGUGUGUUGUCUUGUUGAGGAGAAGGCUAGCAAUAUUGGAGCUGAAGAUUUGGAGGUGGAUUGUGCAAACCAAAAGCUAGAACAUGGAUUGAAGUCAAAGUGGGCUGCUAUGAGACAUCUCUUUGCAUGAGGAAGAAAAAUGGGAUUGCCAAUCACACCCAAUUUCCCAUCUGGAGUGUUUUUGAUAAUGUUAUUACUCUUUUAUUGUUGGGAUUCCUCCAAGUCCCACACCGGAUGAGUAGGAGUAAAUGAACCAAAAUAUAUAGGUUCAUCCAACCCCAUUAGUAUGAGGCCUUUUGGGAUGUGCCCAAAAACAAAUCCGUGAGGGCUUGGCCCAGAGCGGACAAUAUCAUACUAAUGUGGGGUUGGGGUGAGGGCACGCGCAGUCCCAACAUGUGGUAUCGGAGCCCAGGUUCUUGCGGGCGUGAGCAGCGGACUGUGCAGUGUGGAUAAAUCUCGGUGUGACGGUGUAACAAUAGGACCAAGACCUAGAAAGAGGAUCUGCAAGUGGUGCUUUGUG